CAUUUCGCGAUGGAUGCUGAAGAAAGUGGUGCUCCUCCAAAAAGUAAUGGUACAGAUAAAUUAUUAAAUAAUGAAGAUACACAAUCCUAUAUUUUUGAUUUUGAGAGUUGCAAUGACAACUGGUACUUUAUGCCAGACUCUAUUCUCUUGAGUAUAUUCUCAUUGCUUACUCCUAAAGAAGUUGUCAGCGCUGGAUUGGUAUGUAAACAUUGGUACAGAGUCUCUCAGGAUGAGCUCCUUUGGAAACAACUCUUCUACAGAACUUACAAAAUAGAUCCCUCUGUUGGGAUAAUGCCAGGCAAGAUUUCAUGGUUCGAUGAAUUCAGGCGAUUGGCUUAUCAUACACCUCUACUGGAAACUGAAGUGCUGUUAGACCAUGCUCAUCAAGUUUUACAUGUUAGUUUUUCGCACAAUGGCAAGAUGUUCGCUACUUGCUCUAAAGAUGGACAUGUCAUAGUAUGGAAUAGUCAAUUUCCAGCUACAGUUAAAUAUCAACAUGACAUGAAAGCUUUUAGUUGGAAAUAUACCCAAUUUUCACAGUUUAAUUGCUCUGAUACAUUACUUCUAGUGUCUGGUGUACACUUUGGAACUCCUCAUAGCACAUCUGGUGAAAUCGCUGUGUUCAAAUUAGCUCCUGGAUUCGAUUUACAAUGCAGAGUUGGUAAUAAACCAUUUGACAUAUUCGGUACGUGGUACAGUGAGCGUUACCUUUUAAGCGGUGAUUCGCACUGGCUUGCACCCAUGGUGAGUUCAAGUGUCCUCUGGCUCAAUAAGGCAAAUCAGGAAUCGGCUAGUGAGCAUGUACCAAUAAUGAAUCAACUAUACAAAUUUUAUAAUUUCAAUUCUACGUCUAUACGCUCUGUGAUGGUAGCUAAUUGUUUAUGUCCUGAACCUACGGAAGGUGAACAGUCUGAAAGUCAACAGGCCACCUCAAGUCAAAAAGAAACUCAAGGAAGUUCCAGUCAACAACAAGAAGUUUCUUCGAUGUCAUUAGAUAAUAAUCAUCAAGAGGAACCUGAAGUUUUACAUCAUGCAUCUUCAAGAUUACAAUACAGCACCUUAGAGGGUGGUUUUAUGAAUUGGAAACGAUUAGGAGAUGGUUUUGAGUACGCAAACCCGAUUAGAUAUAAUGAAGAAUAUAGACAGGUUGAAAUGGAACGAGAAACAACCGAAAGCGAUAGUGAAACAGAUGCACCUCAGUGGGAAGAUGAAAGCGAAUUAUCGGAAUUAUCCGAAACAGCUGAUGAUUGUGAUUCAGAUGACUUGGCAGAUAAUCCAGAAAAAUUUCUCAUAUUCACAACUGGAUCUAAAACUUAUACUCAUCAUCAAGUAGGAUUUAAACGGAUUAAAGCGGUGAAUUUUCCACGGAGAUUAGAUCCUGGACCAUCGCUAAAAGAGAGAAUAGCACAGCGACAACGCGAGCGUGAAAGACAGAAUUCUGGCUCACAUCCCGAGCCGAAUUGGCUUGACUAUGAAUCAGUAGCUGAAAGGUUUGAUAAGAUCGAUCAUGUCAUAGAUCUUCAUGGACAUAUUAUAGGAAUGGGAUUAUCUCCAGAUCAUAGAUAUCUUUAUGUAAACACAAGACCUUGGCCACGGGGUUACGUUAUAACUAAUCCACUGAAUCCUCCGCCAAUCGCUCAAGAAAUAGAUAUUCACGUAAUUGAUUUAGUUACUUUAAAACAAGUAGGAACAAUGUUGAGAGCGCACAAAGCUUAUACAUCAAAUAAUGAUUGUUAUUUUAUAUUCUUGGAUGUCUGUGAUGAAUACGUUGCAAGUGGUGCUGAAGAUAAACAUGGAUAUUUAUGGGACCGUCAUUAUGGCGUAUGUCUUGCCAAAUUUCCGCAUAAAGAUGUUGUUAAUGCAGUGGCAUUUAACCCUUGUGAUCCCGAGAUGCUUGUUACAGCCAGUGAUGAUUAUACUAUCAAAGUUUGGCGAAGUCGCGCCGCUGUUAAAGCAUUAGGACUCGAUGAGAAUGCAUAUCGACGGGGAUUAGAGGUACGAAAAAGACAUAGAUAUCAUCGAAGUAAUUGUAAUGUCGACUGA